AUGAAAGUAUCCAAACUAAAUCCCAAUGCAGCUUCCUUCGUACCAACGGAGAGUAUUAAUACCAACCCUUCUCCACCACCGUCCGAUCAUGAUCACCACCGUAGGCGAUCAAGGCCAAGGCCAAGGCCAAGAAACAACAAUGAUGAUGCAGUUGUUGUUGCUGUUGGACCAAGAAAAAAUAGUGGAAAAGUAUGGAGACCCAAAACAAUGCUUCAUAAUAAUAUUAUUAUUAUUGGAUCUACAUCUACACAACCUGCUUCUUCAUCUUCAUUUACAACUCUCAUGAUUAAAAAUGUCCCAAGUAGAUAUACGCGUGAAAUGCUUAUAGAGUUUGUGGAUAACUUCUGUAAGUUGGAAAAUGAUGAUGAUCAUCAUCAUAUAUACUCAGCCUAUGAUUUUCUCUAUCUUCCAAUGGAUUUCAGGAGAAAGUUGAACAAAGGUUAUGCCUUUGUUAAUUUCACAGAUGCAAGAGCAGCAUUGAAAUUUUGGGAAGCUAUGGAUCACAAAAAAUGGGACUAUUUUAGAUCUCCUAAAAUUCGACAAAUUGUCCAUGCAACCAUUCAAGGAAGGGAGGCAUUAGAGAGAAGAUUUAGGAAAUCAGAGUUUUGCUGUGAAUUUGAAGAAUAUUUACCUAUAAGUUUUUGUCCUCCUAGAGAUGGCUCUAAUGGAUUACAAUCUUGUGGAACAAAUAUUGGAAGAGUGAUGAUUGGGAGUACUAACAACUACUAA